AUGGCACCGAAUAGUGAAGCAUACCACCCCCAAGAUGCCCUUAAAGCAGGCAUCAACGGCGCACUGAUUACAGGAACGGCUGGUGCUUUUGCUUCCGCGAUUCAAAAUAGUUUGCACAAGAAGAAUAUCGGCAUGAUGGGUGUCUUCACCAGGACAGGAGGCACAGCCUUCGUAUUCACUGCGAUGGGAGGAACGUAUGAAUUCACAAAAUACGCAUCUGCGAAUUUGCGAGAGAAGAAUGAUACUUACAACACCGCAAUUGGAGGAUUUUUGGCUGGAUCAGUUCUGGGAUUAAGAUUCGGAACAACUCCUGCGGUUCUUGGAUUUGGUACACUGGCGGCGGUUGUGCUUAGUGCAUUCGAUUAUACCGGCGGUGCUAUAACGGGAUAUAAGAGAGAUCCAAAUGUCGAUGAAUUCGAGCGCAAGGAAUUUUUGAGGAAGAAUCGAAGGAUACCUGUUGAACAGACUGUAGCGGAAUUGGGAGAGGGACGAGGCAUAUACGGACCAGGUUAUGAUGAGAGAAGAAGGGAGAGAAUCAAGGAGAGAUAUGGUAUUGAAGUACCAGCUAGAUCCUAA